GUGAUGGCAGAUGCUAGUGGCAGCUCAAUGGCUGACACGCUUCCAUUAAAAGAGGAGACUCCUGACAACCCCCUCCAGGUGUCCGGUAAUGACGACGUUAAGACUGAAGUCAAAGCCGCAGACGAGAGCGAGGCCACCUCGGACCCGAGUGUGUACCGCUACAUCAAAGAGGAGCUCUUCACAUCGGAGAUCUACAAAGUGGAGAUCAGGAAUCUCCCCAAGUUCGUCGGCUUCAACGACCUGAAGAAGUUCCUGGCCAAACACGGCCUCAACCCACACAAGAUCAAGCUCUUUGGCAAGCAGACGUUCGCCUUCGUCACCUUCAGGAACGAGGAGGAGCGCGACAAGGCCAUGAAGAUGGUGCACGGCAUGCAGUGGAAGGGUCAGGUGCUGAGUGUCAGGCUGGCCAAACCCAAAGCAGAUCCCAUCGUGAGGAAGAGGAGGCAGGAGGAGGAGGAGAAGAGUGUGGGCGGGCAGCCGCCGUCCAAGCGGGCGGGGGGGGAUCAGGAGGAGGAGCCACUCAGCGUCCAGAUCGCCAAUGUGGUGACUCCACUGUGGAACGUGCCGUACGAGGAGCAGCUGAGGAGGAAGGAGCAGGAGGUGGUGGGGGUUCUGCAGAGGCUGGCCAAAGAGAUUGGAAACACCAACAAAGCCAUGCUGCCGUGGCUGUUUGCACAGAAAGGCAAAUACAACAAGAUGUGCUGUCCUUUGGAAACAAUUCAACCGUCUCCUACACAGACCGAGUACAGAAACAAGUGCGAGUUCCUCAUCUCGGUGGGAGCAGACGGCGAGGACAAGACCAUCGGUUUCCGCCUGGGGAAAUACAAAGGCGGCUCGUGUGCCGUGGUGGGGCCGUCCGACACGCGCCACGUCUCCGCCGAGGCCAAGAGAGUGGUCCGCGAGUUUCAGACGUUCAUCAGGACAACACCGUACUCUGUGUACAGCCCUGAGACGUAUGAAGGACACUGGAAACAGCUGACUGUACGCACCACGAGGACCAAACAAGCCAUGGCUGUCGUGUUCUUCAACCCACAGAAACUUGAAGAAGAGGAACUCGGUGCUCUGAAGAACUCCAUGAGGGACUACUUUACAGAAGGAGAGGGGAAAGACAGCGGCGUGACCUCUCUAUACUUUGUUAGAGAGGGUCAAAGGACGUCGCCGAACCCGGAGGACAUGCCCUGUGAGCUGGUCGCUGGGGAGAGCUGCAUCCACGAGGAACUGCUGGGUCUCAGGUUCAGGAUUUCACCUCACUCCUUCUUCCAGGUGAACACAGCAGCUGCUGAGGUCCUUUACUCCGCAGUGGGAGAAUGGGCUCAGCUGGACCAGGACAGCACAGUGCUGGACGUUUGCUGUGGGACGGGAACCAUCGGCAUCUCUCUGGCCAAGAGAGUGAAGAAAGUGAUUGGGAUCGAGCUGUGCCAGGAAGCAGUGGAAGAUGCCAAAGUGAACGCAAAGCUCAACGGUCUAAGUAACAUCGAGUUCCACUGUGGAAAAGCCGAGGACGUGUUUCCCAACAUCCUCAGCGCUCUCGUGUCGCCUCACAUCACAGCCAUUGUGGAUCCGCCGCGGGCCGGCCUACAUUCCAAGGUGAUACUUUCCAUCAGGAGAGCAGAGCACCUGAAGAGGCUGGUUUAUGUGGCGUGUAAUGCAAAGGCAGCCAUGAACAACUUCAUCGAUCUGUGCAGAGCACCGUCCAACAGAGUCCACGGAGCCCCAUUCCGACCAGUGCGAUCCAUGGCCGUGGAUCUGUUCCCUCAGACGAUGCACGUUGAGAUGCUCCUGCUGCUGGAGAGAGUGGACUACGACUCCCAGAAGCAGCAGCAGCCGCCCAGCAAUAAUCAGGAAGAGACGGCUUCUUUGCCUUAGAAACAGACAUUUAAAACCACCUUAACACUCUCUUCUAUCAUGUGUUUAACUAUAAGGCUAAGUGUCGUCCUGUAAAAUGAGUUAAUCAGUGCUUCAAUACACUUACUUACUAAUUUGAGCUACAUGGACUGUGUUCCACUUUCAGUGAAAUGUCUUAAGCCCGUCUUUCCUUUGUUAUUCAAGACAAUACAGCACUAGCGGGUUCUAUUGAAUAAAGCAGCUUUACCUUCAUUAAGUUUGUUUUCAUCCUUCUUUGAAUGAAUAAUAAAAUAAAAAAUCCCUUUGA